AUGGGCCCUGCAGAGGCGAAAAACAAAUGCAUUGAUAACUCUGAUGGCACUUGCUCGGUGGAAUACGUCCCUCCAGUGCCGGGUGAAUAUACCAUUGGCAUCUGCUAUGGAAAGGACGAAGAUAAGCAGCACAUCCAUGGAUCGCCGUUCCGUGUCAUUGCCGAUAUGCCUAACGAUCCUUCCCGCAUUGCGGUCAGCGGGCUGCGACCAGAUACGUUAUUGGAAGCACGUGUUGGAAGUCCUGUUUCGUUCAGUAUCGACGCGUCGCAGACUGAAGAAGCUCCUAUCAGUGUCACUGUGCCACCCAUUUAUCAACAACCGUUGUUGGAGAGGGAAAGAGGCUCGAAACGUCUGUAUCGCGCUCGUUUCACUCCUGUCGGUGAACCUGGAUCAGUGAUACCGGUAGAAAUCAUGUACGAUGGUAAACCAAUUCCUAGCAGCCCUUAUCGUAUCAAACUGCUUCCUGAGACUGAAGUCAACAAAGUAAAAGUUUGCGGAUCGGAUGGCUUAUCGGGUCCUCUGGAUAUCGUUGCGUCGCGAGAGGCUGUUGCAAUUGUUGACGUCUCGAAGGUCCUGAUUCGAGGCCUCGCGACUGCGUUCUCAAGGAAGGAGCUCAACCUAAGCAAUACGAACUUCGAUGGCCCACUGAUAUGGCUGGUAAUUACAAGGCGACUUCAAUACACGGAAAAAGUUGAUUCCAGCCACCGAACUGUGUCGCACAAACGAAGUCUGGUCAAUAAGAACGACCAUAAAAAUUAA